AGCAGCGGAAGAGAUGGAGCAGCGUCACGCGCGCCCGGCCCCUUAAAACGCUGCUGGCUGGAGCCGCCUCCCUCCCGACAGUCCACGGCGGGGAUGGAGUAAGGGGAGAACCAUCGACCUGCCCGCCAGGAUAAGAGAUGGAGUUAAAGCAAUCUUUAUCUACCCAUCUGGAAGCUGAGAAGCCCCUGAGGCGCUAUGGAGCGGUGGAGGAGACGGCGUGGAAAGCGGAGGGACUGGGGAGAAAUCAGCUGGACAUCAUCUCCAUGGCAGAGACAACCAUGAUGCCAGAGGAGAUCGAGUUGGAGAUGGCGAAAAUCCAGCGUCUCCGGGAAGUUUUGGUUCGACGGGAGUCAGAGCUCAGGUUUAUGAUGGAUGACAUUCAGCUGUGCAAUGACAUCAUGGACCUGAAGCAGGAGCUGCAGAACUUGGUCGCCAUCCCAGAAAAAGAAAAAACCAAGCUGCAGAAGCAGAGAGAGGAUGAGCUUAUCCAGAAGAUACACAGACUGGUGCAGAAGAGAGACUUUCUGGUGGAUGACGCAGAGGUCGAGCGGUUAAGGGAGCAAGAAGAGGACAAGGAAAUGGCUGAUUUCCUGAGAAUCAAGUUAAAACCUCUGGACAAAGUAACCAAAUCUCCAGCCAGCUCCAGAGCCGAGAAGAAAGCAGAGCCCCCACCUAGCAAGCCCACAGUGGCCAAGACCGGGCUGGCGCUCAUCAAGGAUUGCUGUGGGGCCACCCAGUGCAAUAUCAUGUAGCCCUCAUGUGGGGUACCCCCGGGGCCAUGGGGACCGCCCUCCCAUCCACUUGUCUUCAUAGGCCCCAUUUCACUGGGGCCCAAGAGCUCUCAAAGGCGGAAGGGGUUGAAGGCAAGCCUGUGAAUGCCGCCAGGGGCUGGGUGCAGCGGGCGGGCCCGGCCGCCCUGUACAGAGUGUAGCAAUAGGGAGUCCCUCACUGUCGCAUGGCCCUCCCCAGAGCAUGCCGAACCCAGGAGUCUGUCUUACCUUUUAUCCAACCACCAGGAAAGGUCCUUCCUCAAAAAAGUAUAUCUCCACUUCUAUCUAGCUGUAUCUAACCCACCAUGCGAAUGACUUGGAGAGGGGCACGACCCCAGGUGUGUACAGUUGUGACUUUUCAACAAUCUAGCACCAUGUUGGACACAUCCCCCAUCCACCUUACUAGCUCUGCUGUCAGGCCUGCCUCAGGGGGCACAGCUCCCACCCCCCAUCUGUCCUCUCCCAGGGGCUGUACCCUGGAGGGCUCCACACAGCCUACGUACCUUCAAGACACAGAGGGCUCAUCUCUAGAGUGAGCUUGUGCGUGGUGUCAUGGUCACAUCUCCUGCUUCCU